UCUCCAGCUAAUCCCAUUACUAAAGCCAGACAAGGGACAGGGAGGAGGAGAAAGUUUGAAAGGGGAGGAGGAUACUAUAGCAUUCGCAGUGUGCAGAAGACAGUAGGUGGUAAACUUGAAUUUGUAGCACAACUUGGACCUGCUGAGUUAGAACUUAAUUCCCAGUAUAGACAGGUCAUAAGACUGCCUAGAGAGACUUUUGCAUAACAGCACAUAAGGACUGUUUCAUCACACCAUGGCCCCUCCCACUGCAAUGACCUUGCUGCUUCUUGCUGCUGUGGCGACGGUGGCGCAGUCUGUUGGCGAAGAGAACGACCUGGAAUAUGGUUACUGGAACUACCGUGAGGGAGCGGAGAGCGUGAACGUGGCCUCGGUGCGUAGUGUGACCAGAGUCCUGGACGUGUGGGGAAAACGGAUCUUCAACGAGAUCAAGACCCUGCUCCACUCUCAGCCCAGCACUCUGCUCCCAGACUACUCCAGGGUGCGCCAUCUCUCCGAAUCAGUCAACGAUCUCUUCAGGGAGGUCUCUCUGCUGCACAGGCGCAUCACGGAACUCACCCAUCGCCUAGCAACCCUGGAACCGCUAAUCCGUCGCCACGGCUACCGGGAAGAGGGGGAGGAUGGAGGCGGUGGCGGCAGCAGGGCUCUGGCGCCGCAGAACACAACCGGGUACGCAGCGAGGUCGGCGAGAUACCCCGUGAGGUACACGGUGAAGAGGGUGGUCCCCAUCAGGGGGACCAGAGUGGUCAGGAGGAGGAGGGUGAAAGUUCACAACAACGGACAGGUUAGGCUGAUGGAGAGCGCCGCCGAGAGAUAGAUGGUGGAGCGGCAGACCGGUGUGAAAGUCACCACUAGGGUCGAGAGUUUAGUGUGAGGUAUGAAGUCAAAGUUUAAAAAGCAAGAAAUUAACAGUAGAGUCUGAAUAUAUUAUGCUGUGUCGAAAUCUGAUGCCUAUUGUAUAAAGUUGUCUAAAAAAGUAUGUAUUCCGUAGCCUGAGUCUGCUUCUAUGUGCCGUCAUACAAAAAGCAGUGUGUGUCUGUGGCUGUGGGAGCCACGAGAGAGCAAUAAAAUGCAUUCAUUAAAACAAA